AACCUGUUCUCAUUUAAGGAAUUAUAACCCAUGGGAUUAUGUGGUAAAUGAUCUUGUCACGGAAGAGAAUUAGGGAAUGAUGGCUUCCUUCCAGCGCUCCAAUAGUCAUGACAAAGUGAGGAGAAUUGUUGCUGAAGAGGGUCGUACAGCAAGAAACCUGAUAGCCUGGAGUGUUCCACUAGAAAACAAAGACGAUGAAGGAAAACCUAAAUGUCAAACUGGUGGAAAGUCUAAGAGGACAAUUCAAGGCACUCAUAAAACUACUAAACAGAAUACUGCAAUAGAAUGUAAAAUAACAUCCACAACUGGAGAGAAACAUUUUGAUAAAAGUCCUACAAAAACAAGGCACCCACGGAAAAUUGACCUAAGAGCUCGUUACUGGGCAUUUCUUUUUGACAAUCUUCGCCGGGCAGUAGAUGAAAUCUAUGUGACUUGUGAAUCAGAUCAGAGUGUGGUGGAAUGUAAGGAGGUGUUAAUGAUGCUGGAUUACUAUGUGAGAGAUUUCAAAGCAUUGAUUGACUGGAUUCAACUUCAGGAAAAGUUAGAGAAGACAGAUGCUCAAAGCAGACCAACCUCACUGGCGUGGGAAGUAAAGAAGAUGUCUCCAGGACGUCAUGUGAUUCAAAGCCCAUCAACAGAUAGAAUGAAUGUAACAUCAACUGCAAGAAGAAGCUUAAACUUUGGGAAUUUACCUGGUGCAGUAACUGCCCCAUGUCUGGCUCCCACAGGUGUCAGUUGGGCUGACAAGGUAAAGGCUCAUCACACCGGUUCUACCACUUCUGAGGUAACACCUGCUCAACCCUGUGCCCCAGUGAUAGUGCAGAAGACUUCCCGGAAAAAUGAACGGAAAGAUGCUGAGGGAUGGGAGACUGUUCAGAGAGGCCGGCCAGUUCGUUCCCGAUCAACAGCAGUGAUGCCAAAAGUUCCACUAGUGACAGAAACCUUAAGGUCAAAGGAUGACAGUUACAAAGAAAACAUAUGUCUUUUACCUGAAGAAAGCAUACAGAAAGGGAAACUUGCUGAAGACAUAUGUCCUACUGUUGAAUCGCUCUCUAAAGACUCAGUACACUCUUCCGACCAUCCUCUUUCUGAGAGAACUCAGUUCACAGUGAGUGCAUUGGAUGAUGUCAAGAAUUCUGGUAAUAGUCAAGACAGUCCAGUGCAUACUUCUGAAGUACCAGCUAUUCACAAUGAUGCAGUGUGUGUUGCUGUUACUCCGCAAACCACCACAGUUCUGCCAACAGACAAAGGCAGAGUUCCAGCAGAGACAGUAGGAAUGGUGACUGAGACGACGGACCCUUCAGAUAUUUCAAAUGUGAGUGCUGCUGACUGGUCCAUGGCAGAAGUUCUCGCUAAAAAAGAAGAGCUAGCAGAUCGUCUAGAAAAGGCCAAUGAAGAAGCCAUUGCCAGUGCUAUUGCUGAAGAAGAACAGUUAACCAGAGAGAUUGAAGCUGAAGAAAACAAUGACAUUAAUAUCGAGACUGACAACGACAGUGAUUUUUCUGCCAGUGUGGGUAGUGGGAGCCUAUCUUUCUGUGGUAUGUCUCUGGACUGGAAUGAUGUUCUUGCAGAUUAUGAAGCUCGUGAAUCGUGGCGUCAAAACACAUCCUGGGGGGAUAUUGUAGAAGAGGAGCCUGCUAGACUUCCAGGGCAUGGAAUUCACAUGCAUGAAAAACUUUCUUCACCAUCUCGUAAAAGGACAAUCGCAGAGUCUAAGAAGAAAUAUGAAGAAAAACACAUGAAAGCUCAACAAUUAAGGGAAAAGCUACGUGAAGAGAAGACACUAAAGCUUCAGAAGUUGUUAGAAAGGGUGAAUGAGAUUGCCUUCAUAAAUACUCUUGAAGCUCAGAAUAAACGUCACGAUGUUUUAUCAAAACUGAAGGAAUAUGAGCAGAGACUUAACGAACUGCAGGAGGAGCGGCAGAGACGACAAGAAGAGAAGCAGGCUCGCGAUGAGGCUGUGCAGGAACGUAAGAGAGCCUUGGAGGCAGAACGGCAGGCCCGUGUAGAGGAAUUAUUGAUGAAGAGGAAAGAGCAAGAAGCCCGAAUUGAGCAACAGAGGCAAGAGAAGGAGAAAGCCCGUGAAGAUGCAGCCCGGGAAAGAGCUAGAGACAGGGAAGAACGGUUGGCAGCACUCACAGCAGCUCAGCAAGAAGCUAUGGAAGAGCUGCAGAAAAAAAUUCAGCUCAAGCAUGAUGAAAGCAUUCGAAGGCACAUGGAACAGAUUGAGCAAAGGAAAGAAAAAGCUGCUGAGUUAAGCAGUGGGCGGCAUGCAAGCACUGAUUACGCCCCUAAACUGACCCCUUAUGAAAGAAAGAAGCAGUGUUCUCUCUGCAAUGUCCUGAUCUCUUCUGAAGUAUAUCUCUUUAGCCACAUUAAAGGGAAAAAACAUCAGCAAGUGGUGAGAGAGAAUAGCAGCAUCCAGGGGCGUGAACUCUCAGAUGAAGAAGUGGAACAUCUGUCUUUGAAGAAGUAUGUUGUUGACAUUGUGGUUGAAAGUGCAGCUCCAACAGAACCUGUGAAAGAUGGAGAAGAACGGCAAAAGAAUAAGAAAAAAGCUAAAAAGAUAAAAGCACGGAUGAACACCAGGUCUAAAGAAUAUGAGAAUUCAGUGGAAACCAAAAAUUCUGGCUCUGAGUCGCCUUAUAAAGCAAAGCUUCAGAGAUUAGCCAAAGAUCUUGUAAAACAACUACAAGCACAAGACAGUGGCUCUUGGAUAACUACCAAGGCUUCAGCUUUGGAUCGGACUCUUGGUGAGGUUGCUAGAAUACUGGAGAAAGAGAAUGUGGCAGAUCAGAUUGCAUUUCAAGUUGCUGGUGGAUUAACAGCCCUUGAAAACAUCCUUCAAGUAGUGGCUCCAGCCACAAACAUGAACACGGUUUCACGAAUUCCUCCUAAGUCUCUCUGCAAUGCAAUCAAUGUUUACAACCUCACCUGCAGUAACUGUUCAGAAAACUGCACUGAUGUUCUGUUUAGUAACAAGAUUACCUUCUUAAUGGAUCUCCUGAUACACCAAUUGACGGUUUAUGUUCCAGAUGAAAAUAAUGCUGUUUUGGGAAGAAAUACAAAUAAACAAGUUUUUGAAGGCUUGACUACUGGACUUCUCAGAGCUGGUGCUGCAGUUUUUAACUGUCUGAUUGCCAACCGACCAGAUGGAAACAGCCGGCCAGCCACCCCAAAAAUAUCAACACAGGAAAUGAAAAACAAACCCUCACAAGGUGAUGCCUUUAACAGUCGAGUGCAAGACCUUAUCAGCUAUGUGGUGAACAUGGGUCUGAUUGACAGACUGCAUGGCUGCUUCCUCUCAGUGCAAGGCCCAGUGGAUGAGAAUCCCAAAAUGGCCACAUUUCUGCAGCAUGCCGCAGGAUUCCUACGUGGGAUGUGUAUGCUGUGCUUUGCUGUCACUGGAAGGUCCUACAGCAUAUUUGACAAUAAUCACCAGGAUCCCACAGGGCUGACGGCUGCUCUUCAGGCCACAGACUUAGCCGGAGUUUUGCACAUGCUCUACUGUAUCCUCUUCCACGGCACCGUCUCAGAUGCUAGCACUAGUCCCAAGGAGAGUUACACCCAGAACACCAUCCAAGUAGCCAUUCAGAGUUUACGUUUCUUCAACAGCUUUGCAGUUCUUAAUUUGUCUGCUUUUCAGUCUAUUGUAGGGGCAGAGGGUUUGUCCCUUGCAUUCCGGCACAUGGCUAGCUCCUUGCUGGGCCACUGCAGCCAAGUCUCCUGUGAAAGCCUCCUCCAUGAGGUCAUCGUCUGUGUGGGCUACUUCACUGUCAACCACCCAGAUAACCAGGUAAUUGUACAGUCCGGCCGCCACCCAACGGUGCUGCAGAAGCUCUGCCAGCUGCCUUUCCAGUAUUUCAGUGACCCAAGGCUCAUCAAAGUGCUGUUCCCUUCUCUUAUCGCUUCAUGUCACAACAACCAUCAGAACAAGCUCAUUCUGGAGCAAGAGAUGAGCUGUGUUUUACUGGCCACAUUCAUCCAGGACUUUGCACAGACUCCGGGUCAUGUGGAUAACCAGUCAUCACAUCCCAAAGGAAAAUUCGGGAACCUCGGGGACUACCUGGAGCUGGCUAACAGAUUUCCUCAGCAGGUCUGGGAAGAAGCCCGGCAAUUUUUCUUGAAAAAAGAGAAAAAAUAAAUGUUUUUUAGCUAA